AUGGAUAAAAAAGAGCAAAAUAAUAUUUAUCCUCGGUCAUUGAGAGAAGAUGCUAGUACGUUAGCGUAUAACGUGGAAAAGAAAAAUAAAGUAACAACAACAUUACACUCAAUACCCGUUUUGAGCGACGAUUAUUCCAUGCUGUCGGUUUUUGAAUUACUAUUAACAAAGACCCAUGAAAAUAAUAUGAUGAAUGUAUUAGCAACAAAAAACUUUCCGAUUAAACGAGAAAUAAAGUCGGAGAAAAAUAUUGAAAAUACAAGUGAAGAUAAGAAUAAUUUUCAAGUGAUUGACUAUGCAAAUAUUGAUUAUAAUUACAAUGGUACUACAACUUACGAGCAAAACGAUCACUAUGUACCAGAAGAUACAAGUUUUGAGUCUCUAAGCAACAAAAUAUCUUAUAAUGAUUAUGUCAAUGGUUUUAAAUAUUAUUUAAACCGUCAAAAAGAUCCCGAUGAUCUAAGAUUUUCAAAUUUUAUUCGUUAUCAAGCUCAUAAACACCACAAAGUAGAUGAUAUAGGAAAAUACAUUCUUAACAAAAUCCCUCAAUUACCAACAACAAGACUAAAAAGAAAAUUUGUUGAGACAGAGACUUUAGAUGAUCAAGAUAUUUCAACUAAAAGUGAAGAUUCUUGGUUUAAAAAACAUUUCUUUAUAUUUUUAGAUAAAGAUACUCCUAAAAAAUUUCAUUCGGUACAAACAGUAACAUUCAAAGAUUUUGAUUCACAUCUUAACAAAAUCACUAAAAAUUCAAAAAAUAGUGCUACUGACUUGUUUUUCGAAUAA